AUGGAAGAGUUUGUUAAACUUAUUCAAGGCAUAUGGGAGAAGACGCCGUCUGGAGAGUGGGUGUUUGAUGAAAACCCUAUCGCCGAUCAUGAGAUUGUCUUGAUCAACUCGAACGAUUCGUUCGACAACUUGGUCGAGAUGAUUCGUAUUAGGCUAGAUCUUGGAGUACUCACUCCUGUUGUGUUGACCUACCAAAUCCCCGAUCCCAUGGUUAGCGCUGUCGGUCCCCUGAAUCAGCCAACUACUCUGUCUACGGAUAAAGACGUCGAGGAUAUGCUCAGCCUUAUGGAGUUCAUGACAGGAAAAGAGCUCUACGUGACUAGUGGGCCUGAACUAGUGGCUAAAUAUCAAUUUCACUGCCGUACUCCUUUCAAAAUAGGUAAUCAAACUUUCCUUGGAGAAGGCGUCACCGAAGACCAACAUCACCAAGCCAUUAGAGAUAUUGUUGGAAGGGAACCAGUUGUUUGUAACAACAACAUUCUGGAGAUAAUGUUCAACGAACCACAGCUAUUAAUCGUUCAUCGAGUUGCACUUGAGAUCGAAUUGGUUUAUGCACCAACCCCUGAAGAAAUGGCUGCAUAUCCUAGACUGACUAUGGAUGAUGUGAUUACCAUACAAGAAGGUGAUACCGUUAGAAAUGAUGAGCAGAUCAACAAUGGCCAAAUCGGAGAAGUUUUACAGGGUGAACCAAUGGAUGAAGAGCAGCUCACCCAGGCUUUUCCUAAUGGCAUACCUCCUAACGUUGAAAACAGUGAUACGACACUUGAGAUUCCUCCUCUUCGAGAAAUCCCACCUAUACACACCAUUUGGGAAGAGGAUAGCGUAGGAGAAGAAGCUUACUGGGACCGCGAUCAGCAAAUCAAUGUCCAAUCUGCGCCUAGACCAACAACCGGUUCAUUAGGCCUUCCUAUUGGACCAAAUCUUAGGGUUUCCGCGGCACCAACCCCAAAUACAGUUUUGCUUGUUGAAGAAGAUGAAGCUUCUUUCACUAAUUCCUCUGAGAAUGUUAAUGAAAUUGAGAACCAAAUGGGUCCGAUGGGAGACAACGGUGAUCUGAAUGACCAAAUGCCAAAUGGAACUGCGCCGCUUAUGCCACAAAUCACCCCUGAUGGCCCGGCUGCAGCAUUGUCUAGCAACGGAGGACCAAGCCUCAAUCUAACACUAGGCUUAGGAAUCAUGAACAACAAUGGGAGUGAACCAAUCAUCAACAUAACGGAUACUGAUUCUGAAGCUGAUGGAGACAGUGGUGGGUUUGGAUUUGAUCCGAAUUUCUAG